AUGAACUCCACAGCCACGACCUUCAUCCGCGCAUGUCGCGCAGGACCAGCGACGUCUCAGAGAUUACUCCAUGCACGAACAAAGACCCCUGUUGCAGGUACAGCUACGGGUACAACUUCAUCUUCAUCACGCGUUGGUCCCACCUCGAGCACGAGCACGAGAUCAUUAGCUUACCGCCACGGAACCCGGUUCGCGACGACGACGACGAGAGCAUUCUCAUCACAGCGCCUCCUCAAGCAGGCUGUUAGCCAUAACCACCACAACCAUGACCACUCCUCUGCAGGUCUAGACGCUACCAUCCUCGCCGGCCGCGCAUCCCCAACCAGUACACAAGACGGGGGAUCCUUCUCCACACCAUCACCUUCACAUGCUUCAACACUGGUCGCCGAGACAUCCCCUACUGCAGCAGCAGCAGCAGCAGCGGGCAAAUGCUCCUCCUCCUCAUAUGAUGCCGUCCUCCUCCCCUCGGACCUACCCCCCUCGGACCUCCUCUUCCUAAGCACCUCCCCCACGCAAAUCGCGACAGUCACCCGCAUCGGCACGAUGCAAAAGACCGUCCGCGCGACCCGCAACAUCUUGACCUUCCACGCCCCCUACCAAAAGUACUACACCCGGCCCACGCACGUCCUUGUGCACGACCCCCACAACCUCCUCCACGAGGGCGACGUCAUUCGGUACGGCGGAUUUCCUCCCUCGUGGCGCGCCCAGCGCGAUGCGAGAGGCCAGAUCGUGGUGAAACGACACAGGCCGCGCGAUCGGAAUGGCGUGGUCAAAGAGCUGGGCGUGCGGCAUGUCGUGCGUGAGGUGGUCACGCCGUUUGGGGUGCCCGUGUCCCAAAGGACGGAGAGGGUCGUGGGCGGCGUGCCGGGCAAGUGGAAGGGCACGGAGGGUGAGGUCAAGAAGGUUGCGGUCAGGCAGAAGGGGCGGAAGGAUGGGAGUAAGAAGGCGAGAAAGGGCGUCGCGGUGAAUAUGAAGAAGGCUGCUGCUUCUAUCCCUCCACAGCCGACAGGUAACGUGUCGGUAUGA